CAUCCGCCAUAACGUUGAAAGAAGAGAAUUUAGUGAAAGUACGCUGUGUUAUUUCUAAAUAAUUGUGAAUUUGUGUGAUAAAAUUGUUGAAUAGUGUAUUUAAUGUGUUAUUAAAAAUGAGUGAGUGGUACAGAAUGAAAAAUGGAUUUAACAACCGACAUAAUUCCUCGGAAUUAUCGGUCGAAACAUCUUGUGAUAACAUAUCCGAGUCAUACAACAUCUUUUCGGAUAAUUUGAGUCCAAUACCGGCAUCCAUAGUGCCUAGAAAACUGGAUUUUAGCAGUAUAGAUGAUGAUGAUGGCUUGAGGAAUGCUUCAUCUCCACCGGAAUCUUUGAGUCCUCCGUAUAAGAGGGUCAGAAGUCUGAGGCUCUCCGACAGUCCACACACGCCGAAGACCUUGCUGGAGAAAUGUUCGACUCCAUCACACCAUCCUCCAAGGUCGAGGCUGUUCCCGCCGAAACUCAACGCGCCGACGGGCAUGCCGUCUGGUUCCAGCCACCAUCUCCACCCACCAUCUGGUGAUGAAGACAGUGCCCUCGGCAGUCUACCACCGGAUGAUGAUUCCCACCUGAUGAGGAGGCCUCAGGCCAACAUUAACCCUUUCACCCCAGACGGACAAGCUUUGAACAAGAAGAAGCGCGCGCUCUCCAAAACACCGACGUGGGACGCCACUCCCGAACAACCCGCCAAGAGACUCAGGGAAUCGAACAUAUCCCGUUACAACAAGGAGUUCCUGGAGCUGGGUGUCAUUGGUCGCGGCUCGUUCGGCAGGGUGACAAAAUGCGUGAACAAGCUGGACGGCUGCAUCUACGCCAUCAAGAGGUCGCUGAGGCCGGUCGCGGGGUCGGCGGCGGAGCGCGCCGCCCUCACUGAAGUGUAUGCGCACGCGGCGCUCGGCAAACAUCCGCACGUUGUCAGAUACUACUCGGCGUGGGCGGAGGACGAUCACAUGAUAAUACAGAACGAAUACUGCGACGGCGGCUCCCUCCAGCAGAAGAUAGAGAGCGGCCCGCUGGCAGAGAGCGAGCUGUUGUUGCUGUUGCACCAUAUUGCUGAUGGUUUAGCCUACAUUCAUUCGUUAGAAUUGGUUCACAUGGACGUGAAGCCGGGCAACAUAUUCGUCUGUAGCGACUCGGAGCCCGCUCACGACUCGGACGACGGUUACGGCGACGACGAGACUUGCAAACAGCAUUACACUUACAAGAUUGGUGACCUGGGCCACGUGACGUGCAUAUCGUCCCCGUCCGUGGAGGAGGGCGACUGCCGCUACCUCGCCAAGGAGGUGCUCCAGGCGGACCUCUCGUGUCUCACCAAGGCAGACAUCUUUGCGUUCGGUUUAACAUUGUACGAGGCUGGCGGAGGUGGUCCCCUGCCGAAGAACGGUCAGCUGUGGCAUGACUACCGUGAUGGAAGACUCCCUGACCUUCCAAACUUGUCCAGGGAAUUCAAUCAGCUGUUGAAAAAAAUGGUUGCCCCCGAUCCGAACUCGCGACCCACCGCGUCCCAGCUCCGGAAACAUCCCCUGCUGCACCCGGCCGGGAACAAGAGCAAGUCGCAGCUCAGGAGGGAACUCGCGGCCGCCGAGAUGAAGAACGAAUUAUUGUUGAGGAAACUUCAGGACGCCGCCAGGUGCAUAAAACAACUAACACCCAAUUAUCAUCUGAACGAGUCGGCCAAAUUCCGCACCAGAUCCGCCAAGAGACUGCAGAAGCCCAGGUUCGACGCCCAGCUCGCGGAAAUGAUACAAUCCGUGACGUCACCCAUCAGAAUAGACAGACGCACGGACAGGAGGUGCAAGAAGAUGUGAAUAUAUAUAUAUAUAUAUAUAUAUAUAUAUGUAUAUAUAAACAUAUUAAAAAAAAAGAAUUGAAAUGUAAACAUGAAAACGUUACAGGAUUGAGAUGUUAGCGUACAAAAAAAUAUAUGUAUAUAUAUAUAUAUGUGUGUAUAUGAAAAAAGUAUAUUAAAUUUCACUCCACUUUGGAGGUGAGAAAUUUAAGAAAAUUUAUGAGAAAUUGGGCCCAAAAUAGUUUCAGGAUUUUUUUUUAAACUCGUCUCAUUUUUUUUUGCAAGAAUAAUUAAGACUUGUCCCUUAAAAGUCUUUUUUUUUUUGUAGUAAUAAAAUGUGCGAAUAACAUAAUAUGCCAUCACAGUUUUAAGGUUAUAACCUUGGUUAAAUACUGAGCCAUAUUUUUUUUAACUUGUACAUUUUCCUUGAAACUAAUUUUGGGUUCAUGCGUGUAUGAUGAGAUCAUUCAAUACUUACACCGAUUUAUCCAGGAUACGUUAAAGAUUUGUACUAAAUGAAAGAUUAGUUAUGUAACAUAAUAUAGAUAAGUCAACGAAUAACUAAAUUAAUAUAAUUUUUUCUAAAGGUUUAUUCAAACUUCAAAAAAUUCAAAAUUAUUCAUUAUUUUCAGAUACUUCAUAUCGCUUGAUAAUAGUCAAAUCUUUUGGUUUCACAACAUUGGUUGACGUCAAAUAAAUUACUUAAACCUAAGUUCACUGCCGCUUCCAAGGCGUCAGUGCAGAAGAAGCGUUAACAAACUGCACUGCAGCAUUUUCUUUAACAACGUCAACUUCACAACUAUCCAAACUUAGAAUAGAAAUGUGGACGAGAGAAUACAUUGUUCGAAUUAAUUUAUCUAUAUUAGGUUCGUUAUUAUAUAAACUCGGUUUAUACACAGUGUGUAAUGAAAACCCUGUCAGAUCCGCGAUAAACCAUGCUGGGAAGCUUGUCUGGAUUCUAUUUAUCGAUUUCUCCAUUGAAAAUAAGUAUAAAAUUAAAAAAAUAAAAUUACCCCUGUUUUUAAACUAGCCGCGUUCUUUUUGUCUCCCGAUCAGACGAAGAGACUGUGUGGUCGCCUUCUUGGAAUUUACCAAAUUUUGGGGUAAUUAAUAGUAUGUCUCUGAUCUUUGUUUUUUAGGGUUUUUGUUAUAAUUUUUACCCGACCGCGCGACGCAAUGGCGGUUGAUUUUAACUAUUCACUAAAAAUUUACAUGAUUUUUUUCGGAUCAGACAUAUGUUUUGUUACAUAUUGAUGUAAAAUUUGUAUACGAUUAAGGGAAAUCAUACCGUUGGAAGUGCACCAUUUGAAUACAAUAACUCCACACUAAAUAUUACUUAGAAACGUUUAGUUAUAACACCCAGUAUAAAACGGAUUAAAUUAUUAGUAGAAAUAGUACGUGGGAAUUUCGGGAAACGUGGGAAUUUUGGGAAUUUUCUUAGUAUAGCUACGAUUUAAGGAAUUUACUUAGCCAAAUUUCAGCCUCUGCUCAAUAGUUUCGGCUGUAUGUUGUCUGUCAGAUAGUAACGCAAUAAGUUUUGUAUUUAUUAUAUUUGAUUGAUUUUCAAUUUCUGUCAUUAAGUGCGCUUCCAAAAGUACCUAUCUACGCGUCGGGCCCGAGAUAUUUUCAAGAUUAAAACUUAUAAAAUCUUGGGUAUUUUAAUGAAAAUGUUAAAUUUCGACUAUAAUUAAAAUUAAAUUAUUUUCUUUUUUUGUCAUCCAAGAUUUUCAAAUUCGAACGUGGAAUUAGAAGAUUCGAACGGAAACACAAUUUUUGAUUUACGUUUUUCUUACUAAAUGAAAAGUUUAAAUUGAAAAUUGAGUGAACAAAAUAAUUUAAUUUUAAUAUAUUUACUCGAAAGUCGAAUUAAUAAUUUGAAAAGUAAUAUCCUCUCCUUUCCUCGUUAAAGAGAAGAAAGAAAGAGAGGAGAACACGUUGAAAAAAUAACUUUUUUAAUCAAAUAAUAAAAAGAAACUAACCUUCGUAUAAUAUUGAUAAGGAUAAAAAAUAAAAUUAUUGCGUUCAGCGAAACGCUGUUCUUGAUGUUAAAUGCGUUAUGUAAUUAAAUUUAAAAAAAAAUUAUUAACCCCUUCACACAAUUUUUGUCAUAGUGUAUUCAAAAGAAUAAAAAAUUGAAUUUUGAAGAGUGACAAAAUUUGUAAACUCCCCCCGCCACGCCACACACAUUCAGACAUAGACGUCAAACUUAUAUCAUUAAUCGUUCUUUUUUUCAUUGGGGGUUAAUUAAAUACAUCAGGUUUUUUUUAAAUUAAAAAUUCACUUAUUGAAACUUUUAACUCCCAUUUAAUAUCGAUAUAAUAGGAAAAUCUUUCAUGUCGAUAGAGUGUUGAUCAUGAUAUUCGUAAUGACGAUUCGCCGAAUGGUAUAGUUACAAUUCGUCAAAUCAUAUUAUAUACGACUAGCUGUGCCCGCGACUCUGUCCGCGUGGAAUAGUUAUUUUGAGCGUCAUUGAAGCAUCAAGGGUGAAUUAUUUCCGUUUUUUUUUUCACAUUUUCCAUUAUUUCUUCGAUCCUAAUAGUUGCAGCGUGAUGUUAUAUAGCCUAAAGCCUUCCUCGAUAAAUGUUCUAUUCAACACAUAACUAAUUUUACAAUUCGAACCAGUAGUUCCUGAGAUUAGCGCGUUCAAACAAACAAACAAACUCUUCAGCUUUAUAAUAAUAGUAUAGAUUCGCCGUAUAAUAAUGUACAAUACAAUUCGACGAAUCGUUUAAACCGAAUGUCAUAUUGGUAAAUUGUCUAAAUCGCAGUACUUAUUACCUAUUUAUUGUCAUCCAAUACACGAGUAAAAAAAGAACAUUUUUCGCGUCCGGUAAAACUUCUACUAACGCGAAACUUUGAUGAAAAUAAACUUAAUAUUUAUUUACAUUAAAACGAAUGUUGAUGUGAAUGAAUAUUUAAUUAAAUUUAUUAAAAACAUCCUUAACUGAAUUGUAAGUGGCAGAAAUAAUGAUGUCACGAAAAUAUCAACCUUAUUAAAUAUAGGGAAUAAUAUUAGACAUGACUUGACCUUAAUAAGACACAAAGGAGAUGCGUCAAAUUGGUAUUUUUUUUUUUUAUGAUUAGUUUUCCGAAUUUUUUUAUGAUUAGUUUUCCGAAAUAAAUAAGUCAUAUUAGUUAUGUAAAAAAAAUUAAUCUACGUCACAGCUUCUUCAAAAUGUAUUACUAUUUAUUCACGCCUUGAUAUUAAAAAAAAAAAACAAUAUGCCGCAUCUCCUUAUAAGGCCUUGGCCCUCACAUCGUCGCCAUAUUUGCUUUAAACUUGAGUCACGAAAUGGACGCCAUUAAACUAAGCUUCUACACAAAGUUGUGUAAAAACACCAUAUCAAAGUACUGUGAGCCACACAUGAACAUACUAUAUAAUCUAUGUAUUUUUGUUAACGGUUUUAAUAUGUGGUUAUUACGAUUUGACCGAAAAACUUUAACACACUGAAGCAAUUUUGUUUUAAGUCUAUAUAACUGCCACACUGCUCAAAUGUAAAAUUUGUUUAGUGAAAUGAUUUUACAUUGAGCGUAAAUAAAAAUGGCAGCCGUCUUUGUCUCGUAUGAGUAUAGGCGGUCUAUUCACGAACGUUGACAAGUAGUUUUAUAUCUCUUUCUAUCCAAAGAUAGAGUGAGAAGACAUAUCUUACGUUUGUAAUGAGAACUCAAGAGCCGUAUUUGUCUCGUAUGAAUACAGGCAGUCUUUUCACGAACGUUAAUAAGAAGUUUUUUAUCUCUUUCUAUCCUUUGGUCAAAGUAAGAGAGAGAGAGUGAGAAGACAUAUCUUACGUUUGUAAUGAGAACUCAAGAGCCAUAUUUGUCUCGUAUGAAUACAGGCAGUCUUUUCACGAACGUUAAUAAGAAGUUUUUUAUCUCUUUCUAUCCUUUGGUCAAAGUAAGAGAGAGAGAGUGAGAAGACAUAUCUUACGUUUGUAAUGAGAACUCAAGAGCCGUAUUUGUCUCGUAUGAAUACAGGCGGUCUAUUCACGAACGUUAAUAAGAAGUUUUAUAUCUCUUUCUAUCCUUUGGUAAGAGAGAGUGAGAAGACAUAUCUUACGUUUAUAAUGUUAGCUAUACCGACCUUGGUACUAGCUACCCUCGUAAAUAAAAUACGUUUCAUCGAAUUCAAUUUGACAAUUCGACGAAAAAAUGUUGAGGAGAAACGAAGUGCCUUCACCAUUUUAAACUUAUAUGUGAUCACUAUGCUAACACGAAUUUACUUGUAAAAUAUAAUGUUGUAUGUUAUUAUUAUUAUUAAUAAUUAAUAAACACUGUCCUUUUGGAAUCUUCCAACGUGAAAUAGAUGUGAUAAUUAUUGUGACGGUUUUUAGUUAGGAUGUAUGUUGAGUGCUCUUUUAUGAAAUUAAAAUAAAUAUUAUAAUGUCGGUUAGGAUUAGGUAGGUAUUAGUAAUGAAUGCGGGUGGGUGGUGUUAGAUUAGUGAUAUAAAAUUAAAAUGAUAAAUAAAUAGUUUUAAGUACGGAGAAACAGUAUCGAAUUUUUUUAAGCAAGUCAUGAAACUGAUCAACUAACUUACUAGCCGUAUGGUUCCCGGCACCAAUAUCAAAAAAGAAUAGGACCACUCCAUCACUUUCCCAUGGAUGUCGUAAAAGGCGACUAAGGGAUAUACUAUUAAACUUGGGAUUCUGAUUUAAGGCGAUGGGCUAUUUGUCACUAUAUGAAUCUCAAUUCUAUCUUAAAGCCAAACAGCUGAACGUGGCCUAUCAGUCUUUUCCAAGACUGUUGGCUCUGUCUACCCCAAAAGGAGUAUAGACGUGACCGUAUGUAUGUAUGCAACUUACUAGCUGUUGCCCGCGGCUUGUGUCCGCUUCGUCCGCCAUUUAAUGGAAAAAUAUAACUUCAUUUCGUUGGUAGCCGAAAUUUUUUAACGAAUUUUUAAGUAGAAUCAUUAAUCAAAUUAUUUACGCGUAACGCAAGUACAAACAUACCUACAGACGGAAAUUCUUCAAAAUCACAUUUUUGUCUUCUAUAUUGGCCAUACAGAGAGUGAAUGUUAUGUUAAAAAAAGUCGAUAAUUUUCGGGAAAUAUCUUUAGUGUACAAACAUAAGUCAGUUAUAAUUAUAUUUUUGUGACUUGUUCUGCUUUUAUUAUGAAAAUUUCGAUAAAGUUUUUUUUUUAAAUUACUCAGUUUUCUUUUAUAUCCGGGGCAUAUUCAAAAUAGUAUGAUUUGAGAAUACGAAUUCAAAAUAUAUAUACAUAUAUAGUUAAGGCAGCUUUUUAAAUAACACGCAAUGAGGGUAUUUUCGUUAUUUUUUACCACCAGAUGGCGGUAAUUAAACUUUGGCCUUGUCAUUAUUGUAUGUAUUUUUUGUCCAUGUAAAAAUAACCAACUUUGAAAAACGCUCAAAGAAAGCUUUAGAUCAGGAAAAAAUAUCCUAGAAAAUUUCCAUUCCGUACAAAUUGAUAUAUGUUAUUAUAAAGAGACAGUGGGAAACGGAAAUAAUCUGCCUCUUUCUGAUUGGUCUAAAUUUGAAAGAGAUGUAAACAUAAAAAGUUUAUUUUUAAUCUGAUAUUUUUUGUAUAGUUUGAUUUUUUGUUUUUAUUUUUUUAUUAUCAUACUGUUUUCGAAAUUUAAAAAGUAAAACUCUAAUUGUGAAUCUAAUAGCGUUAGGGCAUUUGAUUUAGCGCCUUAGUGCUGACAUCUGGUGGGGAAUUUAGAAAAAACUCGUAAUAUAACGAGCAAGCUGUGUAAUCAAUAUAAAACACAUACAACUAUUACUCGGCCUUCUCUGACUCGGCCAUGACUAUGACUGACUAACUAGACUUUGUGACUGUGACUUGAAAAAAAGCCUUAGAAGACUUGUACCCUUGGCUGUAAAAACACAUGAAAAUUCUUUCGAUAAACCUAAAUAAAUAUCUAUAAAUGUGAAAAUAUGCUUGCUCGUUCAUAACAUAAUAGAUUUUAGAUAUAUUAAACGAUAUGUUAUAUUUUUCAUAAUAAUUGUAAGUGUAAAAUAAUUAUAAAAAAAUAAAUACACAUUAAUUUUAAGUAUAUUAAAACUUUAUUAUAGUUUUUGUAAGUCGCCAACAUAAAAACUAGUUUAUCAAUAGAUUAAAUAAAUAUAAAAAAAAUCUACGUAAUCUACUCCGGAAAUAUAACAAAAUUUCGAAUAAUUCACAUGAUCUAGAUAUAUUUAUGUUGUCGACUUAGAAAUACUUAUAGGUCAUAUUCUGUUUAAGUUUAUAAAAUAAAUUAGCUGUCAAAAAAAAUGUAUAGGUAUCAUAUUGUAAGAAUUUAAUGUGAUUUUUACUUGUAAAGUGAAAUGAUGAAAUUCCAAAAACGCCCUUGGGUCAAAACAAUUAUUUCAAUAGUAUGCCUAUUGAAUCUAAGAAGAAUAGGUUUGGUCAUUCGAGUGAUUGCACUAUAAAUUCAAGCGAAUCUUAAAUGUCCAGAACUAAUUAUUCUAAUGAUACAGUAGACAAACUAUUGGUCAAUUUUAGGUUAGUUUCGAAUGAGUAGUGUGGAAAAGAUGAAAAUUUAAUUUGUGUAUAUUCCUGUCAAUUUUUUUUUUUGAAACAUUGUAAUCUGUUUAUGCGAUGAUCCCAGCUGAGUUACCUUAGGAACACGGUGACCGAGGUCAGACGGGAGUCGCUUAGUGUAAUUAACCUGACUUCAAGUACUGCCAUUUUUAUAAGACGCCGUUUACCGCCGAAACAAACAAAAUGAACACUCAAUAAAAUAACGACAAGCACGUUUAAAGUUUAAAUCCAAAAACAAAAAUGUCUCUUGCUAUCUCGCUCGUAAUAUUGGUCCAAUAGCGGACAGUUCGGUUCGUGGGGACAAUCGGCGCGCUCUGAUUGGCUCAACCGCUCAAAUAUUUUCGCGCCGUACGAAAUAUUAGACUCCUGCGCAGGUACAUCGGUGUAACUUGUAAAAGUGGUGAGUACUGUACUCUAAGCACGUGGUCACAGGCGCACCCCGGGCUCCUCUCCGGGGAGGCCGGAUACGGGACCAAAGUCAGGAGGGAUGAUGGUGAUUGAAAUUUUUUUUUUAAUUAAUAUUUUACUUUUUUUAUUAUCUAAUCAAUUCUGACUAGUUUUAUAGAGAUAAUAUUAUAUAGAAUACUAAAAUAUAUUCCUUAGAAGCUUGAAUAAUCUUACAGCUAAAUCGCGCGGUCUUUGGCGCGAAAUUAUUGUUUUUUUUUUAAUUCCGUCUUGUAAAAAUUUUAUGUAUUUUUUUUGUCUCUUUCAUUUAGUUUUAGGCAAUAAUCGAAUUGAGAAAAUUGUAUGUCCUUUUUUUAUGGUUUUUCUAAAUUAACGGGGUUCAAAUGUGUGAAAAAUAAAUGUGCUGAUAUGAUACCAAUAGAGGAUCAGUGAGAAUGAUACCAACAUUUUGUGUUAUUUUCUGUUUAAAAACUGUUCUAAUAAAACUCUAAAUAAAGUGAAUAAACAUACACGGGACGUUUACACAGAUUGAGUUAGUCUCGAAGUAAGUUCGAAAAGUACGAGAUACUGACUCGACGAUACUAUAUUUUACACAAAAAAAAACACACGUCAAUCAGAAAAACCUACCUUUCUCAUUAUACCCUGGCAUAUUUAUUUAGAGAGUUCUAGUAGAAUAGUUUUGUAAUUAGCACAUUUAUUUUAUAUUCUUGAACCGUGGCGGAUUUGCAAUUAGAUACAUACCUAAAAACCUUUUUUGUAAUAUACUAUUUUGAACAAAAGGUAAUCUUUUGAUUGUUAUUUUCCAAAGACCGACGCGUCGCCCAAAACACACACAUGUGUUUUUUUUUUAUCAUUACUUAUUAUUAAUAAUUAUUUAUAAACUCACAUGGUGAGUGUGUAAUAAGUUAUGAAGAUCUCAAAAACAAUAUAUAACGACCGACGUCGCACUGCGGUCUGUAUAGAAAGUAAUUAAAUUGUAUGUUAUUUCGAAAAUUAUCCGGCAAUUUGUAAGAAAUAUCCCAACUAAUAUUUUUAAUGCGAAGGUAAUUAAUUUUGUUUAUUUGUUCGUUGUCUCUUCACGCGUUAUCUACUGUACUUGUAUUUAAAUUUUGCGUUUUUACAAUUUGGAGAUCCCACGGGAUCAAUAAAAAAAAAAAUCCCACGGAAAAAUAGUUUAUGUCGUAAAGAACGACAUUUGCGACACGACACGAUUUGCGGAAAACCUGUAUUCUUUAGAAGGUGGCGCUAAAUUCGUGCGGACGACAACUGCGGGUAACAGCUAGUACCUAUAUACAUAUAAAAGGGAUAAAUUUGUAUUUUUCGACCAUAAUAUGUCCGGAUAAUUUGAGAAAUGUCUCGUUUGACGGAAUGGCUGUUCGCUGUUUGACCAAAGGUUGGUUAUGGAAAGAUUGUGGAUAAAAAUGUUUGUAUAUUUGCUAUUAUAAUGAAUACUGUAUCAAAUAAAUGUGCUUUGUUUCAAUUA